GAAAGAUUUCUUGAAGUUUUUGGUUGAUUAUAACGGAAGGACUCGAUGGAUCCGUGUCCUUUCGUGCGACUAGUAGUCGGAAGUUUAAGUUUGAGGUUUUCAGGCGGUGGCGCCGGUAAUCCUCCGCCGCCGAGUUGUUAUUGCAAGAUUAAGCUCAAGAACUUCACUACCCAGAUGGCUGAUAUCGGUUAUUGUGCAGAAAGUGAUGUGAAUCAAGUAAACGAUCAAGUUCAGGCUUGCUUCAAUUUCAAGAAAUUGGAGUUCGAUAAGGUGGUGGAGAAAUCAAACGGGUUGAAGAUCGAGGUUUAUUCGGGUGGGAAAGGGAAUCCGAUUUGUGGAGUUGGGUCGGGUAAGCUUAUUGGUGUUGUAUCGGUGGGUUUGGAUUCGAAGGUGGUUGAUAAUGGUGGUAAUAACUGGGGUUGUGUGGUGGUUCAGAACGGUUGGGUGGUCGUUGGGGAUGGGAGCUCCAAGAAAUCGGUUCAAUUGCAUUUGAAUGUGCGGGUGGAGCCUGACCCAAGAUUCGUUUUCGAGUUUGAUGGUGAACCUGAGUGUAGCCCACAAGUGUUUCAAGUCAACGGGAACGUUCGGCAGGCUGUUUUUACUUGCAAAUUCAGUUUCAGAAAUUCCGGCGACCGGAAUUUGAGAUCUGGAUCUUCAAUCUCGGAAGCAAACAACUCCGGAAACUGGUUAAGAUCAGUGAGAAAUGAUAAAGAAAAACCUGUAAAAGAACGAAAAGGGUGGUCGAUUACAAUCCAUGAUCUCUCCGGUUCACCAGUAGCCAUGGCGUCAAUGGUGACACCGUUUGUUCCAUCACACGGAACCGACGAUGUCCGUCGGUCCAACCCAGGUGCAUGGCUGAUCCUUCGGCCUGGUCAAAGCACAUGGAAGCCAUGGGGCCGUCUAGAAGCAUGGAGGGAGUCCACCGGCGGUAACCACCUCGGCUACCGUUUCGAGCUACUACCAGACGCAGCCGUCGGCGGCCUUGACCCUAUCACUCUCUCAAACUCCACCAUCAGUUCCAAACACGGCGGAAAAUUCACCAUCGACAUCGGUAACGGAGCUUCACCCAUGACCACCCCAAGCGGUAGCUUCGACUCCGGUUCCGGGUCAGACUUCUGGUCCGGGUCAUGGGCACACUUAAUGUACCAAGGUUUUGUGAUGUCAUCAAAGGUGGCUGGUGGAGGGCGGUGUAGCAGACCGGAGGUGGAGAUCGGAGUUCAGCACGUGACAUGCACGGAGGAUGCGGCGGCGUUCGUUGCAUUGGCUGCUGCCGUGGAUUUAAGCGUGGACGCCUGCCGGCCGUUCUCUAGAAAGCUCCGGAAGGAGCUGAGACACGACGGAGAAUAGUCGCCGGAGUUAUUUAUUGGUUCAUUUUUAAUUUAAAAAUUGAGUGGAGGAUCUUUUUUGUUUUCUUUAUUUUCCAGAACACAGAGUGUACAGCGGCGAUUUCUUUUUCCUUUUUUUCUUUGGGUGAUUAAUGCAUUGUACAGUUGUUAUAAUAUUAUAUUAUGAUUUUGUGAUGAUAUCGGAUCUGAUCUGCACAUGGUUUAUGGAUCUUAAUAUGGUAA